GUAAAUAGUCAGGUAGAGGUCUAUGAGGAACCCAGUCACAUCAAGGAGUUCGCUGGAGGAGUAAGUGGAGGACUGUUGCUCAUCUGUCUCAUCACAGCUGUCCUCCUUAAGUUAGAUGUUACCACCCCCCUCUAUGCACCACAGAACUACUCUUCACUAUCACACAUUAGCUUGAUGACUGUCUCACCCCAUGCAUUCUCUACAUCUUUUAACAAGUAAUGAUGGACCAGAAUUUUUUGUGUAUCAGCUUGUGUAUCUUGUGCGUGUUUCAGUCAGUUAUGGCAUUCAACAUUGACCCUGUUACAUGGAGAAGUUUCACAGGACCUUCACAGAAAGCAAAUGUUGCCUUUGGCUAUAGAAUAAUGCAAAGUGAACCAUCAAGUGUAAUUGUGAGUGAUCCUUUAAUACAACACAGUCAAACUCAAAAAGGACACAUUUAUCAUUGUGCUGUCAAAGAAGAAACCUGCUCACCACUGGCCAUUAAAGUCCCUGAUGAGGCUGUCAAUAUGUCCCUUGGACUUUCAAUGUCUCAAGAUCCACAGUCUUCAAGGGCAGUGGUUUGUGGUCCAACCAUACCCAAGAACUGUGAAGUAACCACUUACAAUGGCAUGUGCUUCAAACUGAGUACAAAUAGUGUUGUGAGCAGAUCUGUGCCAAGGACUCUGAGAGAAUGCCCUACAUCAAAAAUCGAUAUUGCCUUUUUAUUGGAUGGAUCUGGAAGUGUGAGUCAUCAGGACUUUACAAAGAUGAAAGCUUUUGUUAUAACAAUGAUCCAAAGUUUUAUGGACCAGGAUGUACAGUUUGCCAUUGCACAGUUUUCUACAAACUGUGCCAUUCAUUCCUUUCUCCAAAAAUACACAAGAAACAACUUGAUGUGGCAAAAUCAAGUGAAAAACAUAAAUCAGCUUCGAGGAUGGACAAACACAGCAACAGCUAUAAAACAGCUUGUGACAGAAGUAUUUGUAAGCAAGAGAGGUGCAAGACCAUUUGCCAGUAAAGUUUUACUAGUUAUCACUGAUGGUAAAUCAACUGAUAAAACCCCCUUGACUGAUGCUGUUCAAGAAGCACAAGCAAAUCAGAUAAUUCGAUAUGCAAUUGGGGUUGGCAAUGCUUUUUCAGAUGCCAGAGCACUAGAGGAACUGACAACUAUUGCAUCUUUACCCACCAGUAGCCACAGGUUCAAAGUGACAAACUUUGAUGCAUUGGAAAGUAUUCGUGAAAAACUCAAAGAGAACAUUAUUGCCAUUGAAGGAACCCAAACAUCUGGUGAUUCAUCAAGAAUGGAGUUUGCACAGGACGGCUUUAGUGCAGCAUUGGCAACAAAUACAGAUAUGAUAAUGACUGCAGUGGGAGCUUUUCAGUGGAAAGGUGGAUAUCAACUAUACAGACAAAAUGAUCAAACAAUUGUCUUUCAAGCUGGAAGUGAGCAUAACAGUUAUCUAGGUUAUUCUUUGACAAUAGCAACAAUAUUCAGUGCAAAGUAUGCAGUUCUGGGAGCUCCAAGACACAGGCAUAAGGGACAUGUAAUUGUUUCAAAACUUGAUGUUAAUCAAAGGGACUUGCAAUUGGAUCCUCCUGAGCCUCAGAUUGGGUCAUACUUUGGAGCUGAGGUGUGUGUGGUGGAUUUGAACUCUGACUCCAACACAGACCUCCUGUUGGUUUCAGCACCAACAUAUACAGAGACCGAUCGAGAGGGCAAAGUGUUUAUUUACUUCUAUUCUCGGCGGCCAUACUUUACUGUAUCAGAUACGGUUCUGGUGGGCAUGGCAGGACAGAGAGGACGAUUUGGCACUUCUCUGUCCAGUCCAGCAGAUCUGAAUGGAGAUGGUUUCAGGGAUGUGCUGAUUGGAGCUCCCUUAGAGGAAGAUGGACAGGGCAGCAUCUACAUUUUUAAUGGAGGAGUAGAUAGAAUAAUGCCAACAUAUUCACAGAGAAUCGUUGGAUCAUCUGUGCAACCAGGUUUGCAGCUCUUUGGGAUUUCAUUAAGUCAGUCCUCUCUAGACCAGAGUGGAGACAACCUACCUGAUGUUGCUGUUGGGUCCAUGGGAGCAGUUCUGCUUCUCAGGUCCAGACCUAUCAUGCGCUUGGAAACAAGAGUAACUUACUUUCCAUCUAAAAUCCCAACCAGUGAAACAGACUGCCCAAAGACACUGGAAAACACUCUUACAGUGUGCUUCACAAUGAGCGCAUACAAACAUGCCAUAGCAGAUUUGGCUGCCAAUAUUAAUUACACCAUAAAGCUAGAUGCCAAGCGACAUACAUUUCGAGCAUACUUCUCAGUCAAAAACCGUGUCCUCAAUGAUCGGAUGACUGUUGGGAUGAGGAAAGAAUGCAAGGAUCAUCGUUUCUUUAUAGAUGCUUGUUCAGAAGAUGCCCUGAACCCAUUGUCCAAUCAGUUAACUUUCAUUUUUGAAGGACUUCCAUCUAAAACAAUGAAAGACUUGAGGCCAGUACUCCUGCCAGAGAUAAAAAACACUACAGAUCACAAUCUGGAUUUUGAGAUAAACUGUGGAACUGAUAACAUCUGUGUUGAUAACCUCAGAAUGGAUUUCAAUUUCUCUGGAUCUACAAACAUAGAGGUUGGGAUCAUGCAGGAGAUUAAUGUGACAGUGUUUGUGGAGAACAGAGGAGAAAACUCAUACAACACUGACUUCACCCUCAAAUACCCCUUUGGACUUUCUUACAGAAGAAUCACCUCUAAACAGGGCAGAGUGGAGUGUGUGUCUCUUGAUGGUGAGCCAGGGGUUUUACUGGGAGAGACCAUUUGCCACAUCAGUAGCCCCAUCCUCAAAGCCAAUGCUCAGGUGGUGUUUGAGAUUACAUACAGUAUAAAUAAAGGAAGUACUUUUGGUCAAAAUGUGACAUUUAGUGCUGUGGUCAAAAGUGGGAAUGACCUACACUCUGAAAACAAUGAAUUAUCCAAAGAGAAAACCAUUGAUGUCAAAUAUGCCAUCUAUAUUGCCUUAAUAAGGCAUGAAAAUUCCAGCAUCCACAUUAAUUUUACUGCAGGAAAAAAGGAUCUUCAGAGACCAGUGCAACAAAUAUUAAAGGUUGAAAAUGACCUCAGAGAGUUAGCUUUCAAAGUUUUCAUCAGAGUGCCAGUGAGACUGGGUGAUUUUAACAUCUGGACAAAUACAAAUUUGCAAAUUUCAGACUGCAAAAAGGUGUCGGAGGAGCAACCUGUAAUAACCAAUUUUAUGGAAGUUGUCAAAAAUAAACGUGUGGUGAACUGCUCUGUUGCAGUGUGUGCAGUGUUUAGUUGUGAUGUAAAUCUCCUGAAAAAUGAAAGGAAACUCUAUUUUAUAUCUGACAAUGUGAGCUCUGCAUGGAUUGAGCAGACUGGGCUCAGAGCUGCUAUUUUUCAGUUGGUCAGUACAGCAUCUCUGGAUUAUGACAAGAGCAAAUAUGUUUUCUUCUCCACUGAUUCUCAAGACACUACACCAACUGUCCAGAUUAAUACCCAAGUGGAGUUGUAUGAGGAGGUGGAUCUGACAAAAGAGAUCAUUGGUGGGGUAAUAGGAGGACUGCUGCUACUGGCCCUCAUCACAGUGGCCCUUUAUAAGGCUGGGUUCUUCAAAAGCCAAUACAAGCAGAUGCUGGAAGAUGCAAAUGGGGAUGCAGGAGGGGAGCCAGUGACAGAACAAUAAUGUUUACAUCUAUAGAUUUAGUCCAAAUUUAAGUCCUAAGUUUUAUGAGAAUUUUUAAGAUUAAGAAUAUUGUACUGACUUCAUACUCAGCAUGCAAAAUUCAUGCUUUUAAAAAUGCAUGCUUCAUUCAAAUAAUUCUGGUGACCAGAAAGUUGCCAUUGAGAAGUUUUACUGAGUGAAAAAAACUCAAACUCUAAACUGUAAUACGAAAUGAAAAGAUUGUAUAAAUAAACUAUUACAUCAAA